AUGCAUCGAGUAUUGUAUGGAAAUCCUGGGAAGUUGACGACGAUAAAGAAGGAAAUACGAAAGUUCUCAGGAUUUGGAUUCAAGGAAGAUUCACCAGAAUUCAAGAGGAAAUUUGCACUUGUCAGCAAACUUACUCUGGAUCAGUUGAAAUUAAUCAGGAACGUACUUGGAUUACAUAGUGGUGGUCACACAAAGGACGCACUGGUAACUACCAUCAUGGUUUUCCUCAUGAAAACUGUUGAUCAUGCUCGUCGUGUGCCAAAAGCGACGAAGCGCAAGUCAUCUACGAAAACACCGACGUCGGCGAAACGUGUCAAAAAAGCGAAAGGCAGUAAUGAGGUUGUGAGUGACGAUGAAGACGAAGAUGAUGAUGAUGAGGAAGAAAAGAAGCCAGCUGCAAAGACACCAGCGAAGACUCCAGCAAAGGCAUCAGCGAAAACACCUGCCAAAGCAUCUACGAAAACGCCGAAGAAGGCUGAUACGGCAAAAACACCGAGAAAGAAGAGAGAGUCUACUGCAUCGAAAGACACUACUUCCAAAGCUGAUACGGAUAGCGAUGACAGUGGUCCAAAAAAGAAGCCAAAAGAAACCUCAAAGAAGGAUAGCGACGAUGACACAAGUUCCAGCACCUCUGUGGAAACACAUGAAGAGAGCAAACCCACGGACAAGGAGUUAGAGGAUGUGAUCGAGGAACUACUAUCACAAGUUGAUUUGUCACAGGUGAAGCUCUUUUGA